UCACGACUAGAUAAGGAAAUUGGUAGUGUGCCGGCGCAGUAGUAAAGAAGGUUUCUUUAUUUUCCUAUAUUCACUCUUUUUCCAUCGUACACCAACAAACUCUCACCACCAUGUCCACGUUAUCCAACGCCUUUUCCAGCACGUCCACCGCGACGGCCGUUGUGGUGCCCGGACCACCCGUUCAAGAGAUCAGCUAUUCGAAGCUCUACGCCGAUGUCUUGUCUUUUCAGAAGAAGCUUGCGAAGUUAGGGAUUACGCCUGGUGCUGCUGUUUCGAUUGCGAUUCCGAAUAAUUAUGCCUUCAUUGUUUCAUUCCUGGCUUCGGCGUGGCAGAGAGGGAUUGCCGCGCCUUUGAAUCCGGCGUACAAGCAGAGCGAAUUCGAGUUCUACAUCGAUGACCUGUCAUCAGCGCUGGUGUUGGUUCCUCAGGGUCAGGCAGAUGGGCCUGCGGUGAAGGCUGCGAAGAGAUAUAACGCUGCUGUGGCAGAGUGCUAUCAAGAUGCGAAGACUGGGGAGAUUGUGUUGGAUGUUAAGGACAAUGGCAAGCUUGCUGAAAAAGGAAAUGUCACAUUGGAGAAGGCUCAGCCGGAAGAUACUGCGCUUGUGCUACAUACGUCGGGCACGACAGGCAGACCGAAGGCUGUUCCUCUCUCCCACCGCAACCUGACUAGAACCAUGCUUAACAUCAAGAACACCUACGAACUUUCUCCGGCCGACCGCACAAUGCUUGUCAUGCCGCUCUUCCACGUUCAUGGCCUCUUAGCCGGCUUCCUCGCACCCCUCGCCUCAGGUGGCUCCGUCAUCGUGCCAGGCGCAUUCUCCGCCAGCACAUUCUGGAACCAAUUCGUGACCCAUAAGGCCAACUGGUACACAGCCGUCCCAACGAUUCACCAAAUUCUCCUCAAAACGCCCUCUGCAUGGCCCAACCCAAUGCCCAACAUUCGCUUCAUUCGCAGCUGCAGCAGCCCUCUUAGCCCCAAGGUUUUUCACGACCUCGAAGCGGCGUUCAAAGCUCCCGUUCUAGAAGCCUACGCCAUGACCGAAGCCUCUCACCAAAUGACAUCCAACCCACUUCCCAGCAAAGGAAAACGCAAGCCGGGCUCCGUCGGCAUCGGCCAAGGCGUCGAGGUCGUCAUCCUCGACUCCGAAGGCAAGAAACUUCCUCGUGGCCAACAAGGCGAAAUCUCCAUCAAAGGCACCAAUGUCACAAAAGGCUACAUCAACAACGAAAAAGCCAAUCAGGAAGCUUUCACUCCCGAGGGCUACUUCCGAACCGGAGAUCAAGGCUAUCUCGACGAGGACGGAUACGUAAUCAUCACGGGCCGCAUCAAGGAGCUCAUCAACAAAGGAGGCGAGAAGAUCAGCCCGAUCGAGUUGGAUAACACCUUGGCGCAAAAUCCUAAGGUUGCCGAGGCGGUAUCUUUUGCGAUUCCGGACGACCUUUACGGACAAGAUGUGGGCGUUGCCAUCGUGGUGAAGGAAGGACAGAACUUGUCAGCAGACGAGCUGGUUCAGUAUAUGAAGGAGAAGGUGGCCAAAUUCAAAGUACCGAAGAAGGUCUUUUUCGUGAAGGUCAUGCCAAAGACUGCGACUGGCAAGAUUCAACGGAGGAAUAUUGCAGAUGCGAUGUUGAAAUCCGAGGGACAAGUCAAAGCGAAGCUGUAAGGAAAUAUCGGGGGUCCAUACUCCUGUUCUUGGCAUGUUUUUUUAACAGCAGAGCUGCGAAGCUAAUCUACUUCAUCGGCAUUCUAAUGGCGCUCUGGAAUGGGAAGAUUUGCAUCUGUUCAAUAUUCACAUUAGCAUAGGAAUCCAGCAUGGGUAAUACGCGACCGCCUCGGCAAGCACUUAGUGACAAACUCACCUUCUCAGC